GAAAUGAGGCAAUACGCUUUCCGGUGCCGUUGCUAAGUGCAGUGUGCGUUCACAAAGGAAACAAAUACGAUUAGCAAGGUGGAGCAGUAAAAAAACGAAAAUUACAAAGUAUUAUUUGUUUUCGAAAGAUAAAGUCAUGACGCUAACAAAUAUUAAGGACGGCGAAUAUACGGGCACAGUUUACAGAAUGAUCAAGGAUGGGCGGUAUGGAGAAGCCAUCAACAUCCUAAGCAAUGAACUUCAGAAACAGAUGAAGUCCAGGGCAGCCUUGUCUCUGCUGGGUUACUGCUACUAUCACAUGCAGGAGUUCACCAAUGCGGCGGAGUGCUACGAGCAGCUGACCCAACUUCACCCCGAGGUGGAGGAAUACAAACUGUACUACGCCCAGUCACUGUAUGGGGCCUGUGCAUACCCAGAGGCAAUGAAGGCCACCUUCCUCCUGGACAACCCCAGCAGCCAUACUAAGAUGAUUAAACUGCAAGCAGCUAUCAAAUAUGGUGAGGAGGAGUACUCUGGAGCAAAGACGCUGGUGGAACAGCUUCCCCAGGACGACCCGGACUAUGAUGUUGACAUGGGCUGUCUGCUCUACCAGGAGGGCGAGUACAAGGAGGCCUGCAAAAAGUUCAUGUCUGCCAUGCAGGUGCUCGGCUACCAACCAGACCUCUCCUACAACAUCGGCUUGUGCUACUACAGCAUGAAGCAGUAUGCUCAGGCUCUCAAGUACAUCAGUGAGAUCAUAGAGCGUGGCAUCAGGGAGCACCCGGAGCUGAGUGUGGGCAUGACCACGGAGGGCAUCGAUGUAAGGAGUGUGGGAAACACCCUGGGACUUCACGAGACCGCCCUGAUCGAGGGCUUUAACCUGAAGGCCGCCAUCGAGUACCAGUUAAAAAACAAUGACGGCGCGCAAGAAGCAUUGACGGACAUGCCCCCCAGAUCAGACGAGGAGCUGGACCCGGUGACCCUGCACAACCAGGCUCUGAUGAACAUGGAUAAGAAGCCGUCAGAGGGCUUUGAGAAGCUGGCCUUCCUGCUGCAGCAAAUCCCUUUUCCCCCUGUCACCUUUGGAAACCUGCUGCUGCUCUACUGCCGAUAUGAGUACUUUGACUUAGCUGCCGAUGUGCUGGCCGAAAACCCUCACCUCACCUACAAGUUCCUCUCACCGUAUUUGUAUGAGUUUUUAGACGCCAUGUUGACCUGCCAGACAGCCCCAGAAGAGGCCUUUAGGAAGUUUGACGAGAUGAACGCCAAGCUCACAGAACAAUUGCGCAAGCUCGGAAAACAGGUGCAGGAAGCCCGGCUAGCUCGUGACGAUGAAGCCUUAAAAAAGGUUCUGCAAGACUAUGACGAGAUAUUGGAGAAGUAUAUCCCAGUCCUCAUGGCUCAGGCCAAGAUCUACUGGAACAGGGAGAACUACCACGUGGUGGAGAAGAUCUUCCGUAAAUCGGUGGAGUUCUGCAACGAGCACGACACAUGGAAUCUUAACGUGGCCCACGUGCUCUUCAUGCAGGAGAACAAGUAUAAAGAGGCCAUCGGCUUCUACGAGCCCAUCGUCAAGAAACACUACAACAACAUCCUAAAUGUUAGUGCUGUGGUCCUGGCAAACCUUUGUGUAUCCUACAUCAUGACCAGCCAGAAUGAAGAGGCAGAAGAACUGAUGAGGAAGAUCGAGAAAGAGGAGGAGCAGAUCUCCUAUGAUGACCCAGACAAGAAGGUCUUCCACCUCUGCAUAGUCAACCUUGUGAUCGGGACCUUGUAUUGUGCCAAGGGAAACUAUGACUUUGGCAUCACCCGCGUGAUCAAGAGCCUGGAGCCCUACAACAAGAAGCUGGGUACAGACACAUGGUUCUAUGCCAAGCGCUGUUUCCUCUCCCUGUUGGAGAACAUGGCCAAGCACAUGAUUAUGCUGAGGGACUCUGUCGUGCAGGAGGGUAUUCAGUUCCUGGAGCACUGCGAAGUGUAUGGUAAAAAUGAGCCAGCGAUGAUCGAGCAGCCCUUGGAGGAGGACCACGUGCACAUUGGCAAGAACACGGUCACCUACGAGUCACGCCUGCUCAAGGCUUUGUUCUAUGAGGUUAUUGGAUGGAACCAGUAAUCAAAUGGAAUGAAAUGAAUGAUGUCAUUAUACCAAGGCAUGGAUAGAAUUUGGGAUGUACAAACUAAAAAUUCUUUAUGAUCUUCAAUAGAAGACAACUACCACAAUGGACCUUGACAUUUCUCUUCCCAGUCCAUAUCAGUAAAUGUCUAGGGAGGUUCUGAUAGUUGCUUUGACUUCUCUCAUGCACUUGUAUAGUUUAGGUACUUGUUAGUUUAGUUGGGAUCGUUUUGGCAAAUAGUUAUUUAAAACAUGUUCAAACCGGUAAUAAUACAAACCAUUGUUGUUUUUUUAUGUUGUUUUUCUACAGAAUAAAAAAUGUAUGUACACGAUA